AUAAUCAUUGUCAAGAUAAGUCUCAAGUGAUUGUUUCCAUAUUUGGAAGGUCCACAGGCAAUUGGAGUCAAGAGUAAUAUGACAAGUGAAUUUCUUUUUAUUCAAUUUUUGCAGGUUUAUUUGCAUACUGCUCAUUUGUGCCACAUUGGGGGUCUCUCAUUGGCCAUGGCCAUGUUAAUGGCUGGAGCUUGCCAGGUCUUGAUGCCCCAGUUCGAAGCUAAAACAGCCAUUGAGGUUAUAGAGAAACAAUGACGUCACUGCUUUGAUCACUGUUCUGGCCAUGGUUGCUGAUCUAAUAUCCUUUCUCAGGUUAUCUACAAAGAGCGAUCUUUAACGAGCAAUGUAAAUAUUAAAUAUAAUGUGUAGAGAGCAUCGGCCGUUACAUUAUCUAAGUUCCAAGUUAUGCUUUUCGAGGGGUACUUCUGCUUAAUUCCUAGUUUCCUUAGGGAGAAGGGACCAUGGAAAGGAAGAGACUGUGUCAAAAAGAUAUUAAAUGGUGGAGGAAGUUUGUCAACUGAUCUUAUCAAAGAAGCUGGCAACUUCUUCCCAAGAGCUAAGAUUCUCUCGGCCUAUGAUCUCAGUUCAGUUCAAACACCACGAGGCAUUUGUGUCGGCAAACCUGCCCCACAUGUUGAAUUGAGGACAGAUGGUGAUGAUUCAAUUGGCAUUGGGAAAAUUCUAACCAGAUGUCCACAUUUGAUGAUUGGAUACUGGCAUCAAGUUCGGUCAUCAGUCUCUAACAGUCAUUCAUGGUUUGACACUGGUGAUGUUGGUUUCAUUGAUGAGCAUGGUCAGGCGUGGCUCAUUGGUCGAGAAAGUGGUCGGAUCAAGACUGGGGGAGAAAAUGUUUACCUGAAGAGGUAAUAGAAUUUAUCAUGUAUGAAUUGGUUUAGAAAUGAUUUUCUUUUUUUUCUCUGACCAAGCAUGGAUUUCUGAUAGGUAGAGGCAAAUAUUGACCCUUUUUAUUUUUCUAUGUUUUCAAUGAUGAACCUAUUUAUUUUCUCAAAAUCAUGUUUAGCUACUGUGAAAAGAUGUACUCUCAGCUCA